CACACCGUUUACGUUGUUGCAUCUCUUUCUCUGUGCUCCGCUACUUCAUCACCAUGAAUGGAACUACUUUUCUCGCGACACGUGUGUAUUCCUUAAUUUGCUUUUCUGUUUCACCAUUCUCAAACUGAACUUUCCUAUCCCAAAAACCAGAACGCAACACACAAGACGUGUGUGGUAGCGACUCAUCAUAUUCGCUCCCUGUCUCUUUCAUCUCAUUGCUAUUUCUUUUCCAAUCUUUUCUACAAAAUCAUUUCUUCAUGUUUUGCUAAAUUCUCUUUUUUCUCUUUCAUGAUCUCUUCCGCAAACCAUAUACCAAUUUCACAAAAAGAAAGUAUAUUUAAGCAGCAAAACACUGAAUUUGAGGUCAGUUCCCCAUUCUUGGUUAGUUCUUUUCUAAUAAUAUCAAAAGUUUGAUUUUUACCCCAACUGAGUUGGUUUUCUACUUUUCUUAACCAUAAAGUUUCCAUCUUUCCAUGAUCAUGAAAGUGGGUUUUGUUUUAUAAUCUCUCAACAUGUCCCCUACCAUGGUUUCUCUCUCCAAACGCAUGGGUUUCACUUUGUUCUUGAACGCCUCUUUCGUCAUGAUUGUGUUUUGUGUUUCUCUUGUUGUUAAUUUCCACUCUUCAGAACAUGUUGUUCUGAGGAGCAUCAACAGUGGUGAACAAGAUUGCAAGAGUUUCCACAGUUUGGAGGACUCCAAAGCCAAGUGCUUGUACUUGAAAUCCAAUGAUCCAUGUGUCUCUCAGGGCUAUGUUGACUACCUUCACCUUUUCUAUUGCAAAUUUGGGGGCUUCCCUCUAUUGGGUCACACGCUUUUGUUUCUUUGGCUUUUGGUUCUGUUCUAUCUCUUGGCCAAUACUGCUUCUGAGUACUUUUGUCCUUCUCUUGAGAACUUGUCCAAAUUGCUGAGGCUCUCUCCAACAAUUGCUGGGGUGACUCUUCUCUCUCUUGGCAAUGGUGCUAGUGAUGUUUUUGCCACGCUUGUCUCAUUCAGUGGUAGUGGGACCCGGGGCAUUGGUUUCAACACUGUGCUUGGGGGUGCUUCUUUUGUUUCAUGUGUUGUGAUUGGAAUAGUGAGCAUUUCAUUGAGGCAAAGGGGGAUUCGGGUUAAGAAGUGGGCCUUGGUGAGAGAUGUUUGUUUCCUUCUCUUGGUGAUUCUGUGUUUGUUUACUAUUUUGAUCACUGGUGAGAUCAAUGUUCCUGGGGCAAUUGGGUUCUGCCUGAUGUAUGUGGUGUAUGUGGUUGUUGUGUAUAUCUCAUCUACACGGGGGAAUAAGGGUGUGUGUGGAGAUGGUGAUUCAUGUCAUCAUGGUGGUGGCAGUGAUUUAGGUGUCCCUAUGCUAUGUGAGAUGGAGAAAGGACUUGAAGAUGGUGCUCAGGAUCAGGAAUGUGGCAUGAUAACCGAGAGGAAGUGCUUCUAUUUACAGUCUCCAAUGUGUAGAAUGAUGCUUUUCGUGUUGGAGAUGCCCCUUUACUUGCCAAGGCGGCUUACGAUUCCUGUUGUUUGUGAAGAGAGAUGGUCCAAAUUGUAUGCAGUUUGUUCAGCUAUGCUGGCACCACUUCUCUUGUCUUCCUUGUGUGUACCAUAUAUUGAUAACAGCUUCAACUCAAGCCUUAUUGUGUAUGCAAUUGGAUUGUUGGUUGGGAUCAUAUUAGGGGCAAUUGCACUUCUCACAACCAAUGUGUCAACCCCACCAAGGAAGUGUUUGUUUCCUUGGCUUGCAGGAGGGUUUGUGAUGAGUGUGACAUGGAGCUACAUUUCAGCUCAGGAAUUGGUGGGGUUGUUGGUGUCCCUUGGUUACAUAUGUGGAGUUAGUCCUUCAAUUCUAGGACUAACAGUCCUUGCCUGGGGAAAUUCACUAGGUGAUUUGGUGACAAAUUUGACCAUGGCUUUGAAUGGUGGAUCAGAAGGUGCUCAAAUAGCAAUAUCAGGUUGUUAUGCUGGCCCUAUCUUCAACAUAGUGGUUGGAUUAGGCCUAUCUCUUGUGAGCUCUUCUUGGUCUGAAUACCCUUUAUCUGUUGUGAUCCCUAGAGAUCCAUAUCUGUGGGAGACAUUGGCACUUUUAGCAAUUGGAUUGGUUUGGGCACUUGUUGUUCUGAUUAGAAGAGAUAUGAAGCUUGAUGCACUAUUGGGAGGAGGGCUUUUGGUUAUCUACUUCUUUUCUCUGUUUCUGAGGCUCAUUCAAACACUUGGCUCUCUUCAAUUUCAGGAUAUGAUGGUCACAUUCUUCAAAAGAUGAUAAGAAUUGUGAAUUUUUCAUUAGAUUCUUACAGCUAUUAGCCAUGACAUCACUUUCUGUAUAGGAACUAUAUUGUGCAAUUAUGAAUGGUAGGUAGGUCUAAAUUAGAUAGCGAUAGAAUUUCCACAGCUGUUUGUAUUUAGCUUUCCUUGGCUGAUGCCAUUUCCAAUACAUUAAGAUCACAAAAUUACAUCAUAUAUGCAGAGGAGGGUUGAAGUUACUUUCAGAUUAA